GGUGCGCAAUUGCAGUAUCAUCAUAGUUGGUGUAAAGUCGUGGUCUUCUAAUCUUGUUUCCUCUGCAGUUUCAUAGAUACUCUAUACUACUAGUUCAAAGGACAAGGAGGAGUACUGCUGACGGCUCAUUGAAAUAUACAAUAUCAAAACGAGCAAUAUGAAUAUUUUUUUUUUUUCGCUUGAUUCCUGCAGCGCGACACAUACAAUUUGGAUAUGUCCAAUAACGAAAACGUGACGUGGCACUAUGUAUUGUGGCAGGCGUCUUUCGUCUGAUGUUGGCGGCGAAGGUUGGAAGUCCGGUGCACCAGCAGAAGAAUUUUCAUCACGGUUUCUGGACGUGUUGUGUGGUUUUUUGGAGGUUCGUUUUUUGUCAGGGUACGGCCGUACACCGUGACGAAGAAGAGGCACUGUUGCAACCAGAGGACGGAUAUCAAAUGUAAAAAUGUCUGGGUCUGGAAGAAUGCAACUUGUCAUGCUGAUUUUCGAUUCUAAAAAAAUCUGUAUCGCAUGAGCAGCAAAGAGAGUCCAAGUUUUGCUACACGGAAAGAGCAUUUGUCAUGCGGUAUAGGCAUCAGGAAGCCCUCACAAAAUCUGUGAUGCUAGGGCAUGCAUCACAGACAUCAGGAGUCAUGCAAAAUGUGCAUGACAAACCUGGUAAUCUUCCAGACCCAGACAUUUUUACAUUUGAUAACGGACGUGCAGUGCCGACUCACGAACUCACAGAACGGGUCUGAGAACGUCGAAGAAACUGCGAGCGGUUUACUCACGACUUGGUCAACAUUGUGAUGUUCAAAAACGAAUAAAAUAUGAUGAAUCACAAGAAACGAACGCAGCACGAUACGAUCGAAAGCUUUUCUGCAAGCAGUGCGGGGGAUCCGAUUGUCGACGCCUCGCCGAAUGAUGAUGGUUUUCUUGGCUUUGAUGCCCUGCGGGGCAGAGCCGGAGACGUGCCUGCGAACGCACCAACGUCGCACGUGUCAGCGAGCCAGGUAUAAUUCUGUCACCAAAUAGAUAUAGAUUGGUUUGUUGUUCGAAUGGUUUGUGUACCUACUUCUAUGCAGCAGCAAAACAAGAAGCUGAAGCUGUAGUUGUUCUCGCAGCGCUACGCCCAGGAACACGAAUUUUAUGCGACAGAUGAUAAGUUGUCUAUGCGAAAAAGGGGCAACACCGGUAUGGCCCUUCGUUUAUGGCGUUGUAAGUACUUUUAGUUUUUCAGUCCUUAACAUCUCUGUGUCAU